UUCAGCGACUGCCACUCCCAGGCAGAGCCGUGCCGCCCUAAAGAAGAGUGUCCGCCACCACGCCCGUGACCACCUCACGGAACACUGCCACGGCGAGGAGUGUGUGUCAGACCAUCACAACUCCUCAACACCACCACCAACACCACCAAUACCACCACCAGCGUCAUGGAGGCUGCAGGGAUGGGCGGUUGGAUACCAGGACGUAGACAGGUGAAGAUGAACACUGGCGGCAGCCCUGCGGAGUGUCCUGUGUGCCUGACAGGCUAUGAUGGCACCGUGCAGCGGCCGCGCAACCUGCCCUGUGGCCACACUGUCUGCACGCUGUGCAUAGAUCAGCUGAAGGUGCAGGGCCGUGUUGCCUGCCCAGAGUGCUGCGUCAGCCACGCCGUGCCCGAAGGAGGGAAGUUCCCUGUUAACUAUUCUGUUGAGGCCUUUAUGAGAAUGAUGAGAGACGCUGAGGUGGCUCCAGCAGCAGCAGCCUCGCCGCCACCCAGUGCCGGGGAAGGGAAAGGAGCAGCAGCGGCAGCUGGCAAGAAGGAGGCGGCGACUCUCUCCAAGAAAAUGCGUUCCUUCCUGCAGGAACAGGAGGCCACAGUUGUGGCCGCCAUCACCGCCUGCCGGGAGGCUCAGUCGCAGCUGAACCAGUACCAGACGACCCUGGCAGGCUGGGGCAAGCGGCAGAAGCAGCUGGAGGACAGGCUCCUGGGACUGGUGGACCAGAGCAGGAGUGCAAGGGAGGUCCUGCAACAGGGAGAGUCCCGUGCGGCGGCCAAGGAGGAGGAGCUGAAGAAGGGGGAGCAGGGGCUGCAGGUCGUGCUGGAGACGUUGCGCACCCUUACAACAGAGCAAGAAGCAGGCGCGGCGAUGCCUGAAGUGUUUCGUUGCACUGACGAGGCAGAGGAGGCGGUGGAGGAGUGCCGAGAGUGUUUUCCUGAUGCCAUCCUCGUCACUAUCGCCAGGAAGGCGAACGUGGCAUCUAGUGAAGCCCUAGAGGCUGUCCAGACUGUCCAUGCGGCUCUGGAAACACUUACUACAGAAGAGCCCUGGGCCCAGUCAGACUCAGACACCACCGUCAUGGACAGAGUGUACUUAAUCUCGACAGGGAGCUUGACGGUCGAGGACCUCCGCAGCCUGACACAGCCCGCCAGGUGCCUGUUGCAGGCUGGCCGGGUGUUUGCUGUCCACCAGGUGGAAGGUCAGCGCCGACACGCAAGAAUAAGCCUUGAAGCCGGCCAGCUGUGCCUCCACGCCCUGAAGGACCUUCUCCUGCCACUGGGCGCGGCAACCCUGCAGGUGAGCGAGGUUGUGCCGCCCUCCCCCCCCUGCACGGUGUUCUUGGACCUGUCCUGGCUGGGCAGCGCGCCGCGGAGGGUCCAAAUCCGUCUGAGCCCCGACACCCCGCGGGGCAGACAGUUCAUACUGUUGUGCACGGGGCAGCGCGGCCCCUCCUUCGUUAACACCAGGUUGUUUGAGGUGUCGGGGAAGGGGGAGGCGGGAGAGUGUGUGCUGGGCGGGGACUACGAGAGUAAUAAUGGUAGGGGAUCAUCCGUCCUGCUGCCUGGCCUUGAUGAGGGUGACUACCGGAGGUCAGGCCGGGCAGGGGAUGUGUUUGGGCAGGAACGGUUGGACCUUACGUGUGAUUACGUGGAGGAGUGUGGUCACUUUGGCAUCAAAACCAGAGACGAUCUGAAUGAUGCUGGGAAUCUUCUUGUCUUCGGUGAGGUGGUGGACGGACUGCACGUGGUGGCCGAGGCAGCCCAACACUGGGACAUUAAGGAGGUGACUGUGGCGGACUGUGGCGUGGUGUUGUGAGGGUAAUGUCCACCACCACCACCACAGCAAGGUUAUGGAGGUGACUGUGGCGGACUGUGGCGUGGUGUUGUGAGGGUAAUGUCCACCACCACCACCGCCACCACAGCAAGGUUAUGGAGGUGACUGUGGCGGACUGUGGCGUGGUGUUGUGAGGGUAAUGGCCACCACCACCACCACCGCAAGGUUAUGGAGGUGACUGUAGCAUGUUGUUGUGAGGGUAAUUUUUCGUUGCAAUCUUGUAGAAUUCCGUUUGAUAAUUUGCGUGAAGUUUUGUGAAUGGCAUAAACACUUGAUGCAAUGUGUUAGUUUCUUAGGGCAUCCUUAUUGUUUAUUUUUGUGUGCAUUACGUAAAUAUAUUUGAUGAAAAAG